AUGGCUUCAUUGCAUAUUAGCAGAAUCAGCGUCGCAGCAAUAAAUGAAGUCCUGGCUCGCUACCCCGCGAUGGUCCCAGAGAAGCUGCGCGACCUAGACGUGCAGCGCUACGAUGGCAUAGCAGCCGCGGUAGCCAACAGACAAGACAGCGCCAAGCAUCUCACCAAAGCCGAAGUCGAGAAACUCGUAGAGUGGAAACUAAAACAUGGCACAUUUCGCCCUGCACUGAUGGGCCUCGUGCAAAGUAACACGGCCCAAGCGGUCGAGGAGACGACAAAGAAGGCGUAUGCCGUAUUAAGCAGCACCAGUAGUACCAGCAAGCGCUCACAGGCAGACGUCCUGGGUGCUCUUAAAAUCCUAGUUGGAUUAAAGGGCAUUGGACCGGCAACAGCAUCUCUGCUUCUCGCCGUCUUGCAUCCAGCCGAGAUACCGUUUUUCUCAGAUGAAUUGUUCCGCUGGUGUUGCUGGGACAGCGAGAUGAAGAAAAACGAGGGCGCGGGCUGGCAGCGCAAGAUCAGGUACAAUCUCAAGGAAUACGAGAUGAUACUGGGAGGCGUGGAGAAGCUGAAGUCGAGGCUGAUAUCUACUGAAGGUGAGGCUGGUGCGAGGGUGAGAGUGGCAGAUGUGGAGAAGGUGGCUUGGGUGCUGGGGAAGGAGAUGGAAGAUGUCAGUGCGGGAGAGGACAUGGAUGUCAGUGCAGGAAAGGGAGAUGCAGCAAAGCAAGCCGAAGAGAGCGUCGAAGAGGAGCCGCAAGAGACAAAGCUCAAUGAGGCUGGGGGCAGUGAGACACGGGCUAAACCUGCACCACAGAAAGGAACGAAGCGCAAAGCAGCUCCAGCCAAGACUGCUGCAGAGGGUACACGCAAGAGUGCGCGGACCAGGAAGUAA